CCCCAACCCCGACCCUUCUCUCUAUGUUCUUACCUGACCUGAGAGGGUGGCCCUUUGUCUUGUUCUUGGCCUCCUGCCUGUUCCCUGCCCACUCACUGUGUCCUCAAGAAGGAGAAAAGAACCUUCUUUUUUGUCCUCUGUGGGAUCUCCUCUCUGUUCGUUCGAUCUCGUCUAUGUGACCUCAAGUGUUGCUGAAGGUGUCCUCCUCCCAAAUCAUGGUGAGGCGCCAUGGUUGGCAGCUUCCUGCACACAACUUCCAGGUUGUUGCUAUAACAGUUUUCUUUCUUCUGGUUGUUGCAUUCUAUGCCUUCUUCGCACCUUUUCUGGGUAAAGAUGUGAUCGAAUAUGCUUCCAUUGCUGUUUAUACUCCUGUGGCAUUGACGGUUUUUAUCCUUUAUGUGCGUUGUACACGAAUUAACCCUGCUGAUCCUGGAAUUAUGUCAAAGUUUGAUGAUGACUCUGACAGCGAACAAAAGAGUGCUCCAAGUUUGCAAGGCAUAGAUGAUUCAAAAGCAAAUGCCCGGAUGGGACCUCGAAAAAGAACUGCUCGCUGCAGUUUAAUUGGAUUUAUUUGUUCAUUAUUUGUUAAAGAAGACUGUCGCAAACAUGAAGUAACUGAGCAGCAACCUGAUGAGGAUGAUGCAUUGUUCUGUACAUUGUGCAAUGCUGAGGUAUGCAAGUUUAGUAAACAUUGCAGAAGCUGUGAUAAAUGUGUGGAUGGGUUUGAUCAUCAUUGUCGGUGGCUUAAUAAUUGUGUGGGGAGGAAAAACUACAUUACAUUUAUAGCUCUGAUGGCUACUAGCCUCAUCUGGCUUGCCAUUGAAAUUGGAGUAGGCAUUGCUGUUUUCGUACUCUGCUUUGUUGAUAAGAAGGGAACAGAAGCCAAUAUCAAGGAAAAGCUUGGAAAUGGUUUUUCUCGUGGUCCAGUUGCUGCUAUCAUAGCCAUCUGUAUUGCGGUUUCACUUUUAGCAUGUGUACCUCUCGGAGAACUUUUCUUUUUCCACAUGAUACUGAUAAAAAAGGGAAUUACCACCUAUGAAUAUGUUGUUGCAAUGAGAGCAAUGAGUGAGGCACCUCCAGUAUCAGGAGAUGAAGAAGAACCUAAUACUCUUUACUCCCCUACGAAUUCCGCAACAACCAGCUUAAGCAUCGGAAGUUCUCUUGGUCUUCAAUAUAAAGGUGUAUGGUGCACACCUCCAAGGGUAUUUGUUGAUCAGCAGGAUGAAGUCAUCUCUCAUUUGGGGCCUGGAAUGGUGCCUUCAACUGUUGAUCCAGAUGCAGUUGGGUCUGUGGAAAGAGCCAACAAGUCCAAAAAGGCUGUUAAGAUUAGUGCUUGGAAGCUUGCCAAAUUGGACUCUAAUGAGGCAAUAAGAGCAGCAGCGAAGGCCAGGGCAUCAUCUUCGGUCCUUAGGCCCAUAGAGGCUCAUCAUGUGCCUCAUACUGAUGGUAGUUCUAGCGGCAACGCAAGCGUGCGGAGCAGCUUGAGCGCUGAUUAUAGUGCGAGUAAAGAAUCCAGAAGUGAAGUGAAACUGUCUCCUCUAAGAAAUUCCGAACUGCAAAGUAUUGCUAGCAAGGAAGACUUUGAAACUGGCACACAAACCGCAAGCAGCCUUAGCAGUCCGGUUCACAUUUAUGAAUCUGUUGCUCCCAGCUCACUCCCUUUGCAACAUCCUGUCACCGAGCAGCGGCCACCUCAUUUCAUUCCAAGGGGUCCUCCAACUACCCAAAACAACACAAUGUUCCAAUCUUCUGCUGCAGUUGUUAGGGACAACAAAAGGGCUACUGUGGUUUGGGAUCAAGAAGCCGGUAGGUUUGUGUCAGUGCCAGCUGCUGCUGGAAUGGUGAGCACAGAGGUGCCACCUAGAACCUCUCGGGUUUCCUUGGUUAAUCCCUCUCCAGAAACUAGUACUUACGACAGAAGAGCUACUCUGAAGGCUUCUUCCUCGAUAUUGCCGCCUUUAUCACAACAAGAGAGAUUGGUGUACACUGGACGGUCAAUCUUUUUUGGAGGGCCUCUUCUAAAUGAUCCUGUUAGAGAUGCUGUAACAAACAAUAGCAGUUCAGAUGUGAUGCAAGGCAAUAACAAGGAAUCAAAUGCAGAUCAUGAGGAGAGAGGAGGUAAAUGGUAGACCCUUUCCCAAUGUUCUGGAGCUAAUAUGAUACCAAGUGAUCACUGUGCAAGGACUCAAAUUCUUGAGGUCGACUGCUGCUUGUCCAAGGUUUAAGGAACCAUUAAGAGUGAUUUCCUCUCCUGACGACUCUCGAUUCUCCAUGCAUCUCAUGACAAUUUCUUCCCGUGAUUAGAGCUUCUCUUUCAAUCGAUGUCUACCAAAUGAUGGUUUCAUGCCUAUGUUACUACCAAAUUUUAUAGACAAGCUAUCAUUUAAUUGCUACAUUUAUUUGGAAGUUGCAAUUGAAUGCCCUUCUUUCACAAUUGUUUGUCACUGUUGCCACAGAUUUUUGGGGUUGCAAGUUAGUGAACAAAUUGUAGUCUUAUGUCCCAUUUUAGAUUGCUAUCGAAUGAAAUAUAAAGGAAGAAGGAAUU